AUGAACCUAAAAAUUGUCCUCAUCCUCCUGGCUUUGGCUCUUGCCACCGUUUUAGCUUUAAUUUGUGUGCUGUUGACUCGAGGAGAAAAACCAACCAACUGCAAGUCCCAGCCUCUGAGAAGCCAGAAGGAAAAGCCCAGGGGCUUCAGCUUGGUGUUUGCUGAUCUGACUCCAGAAGAAAUGGUGCAAGUGGUGAAGUAUCUACAGGAAAACCUUGGGGUGCCACUGGUAGAUGCCUCUCAAGCAAACCCUUCUGACAACUGCAUUUAUUACAUUGAUGUGCAACUCCCCGCCAAGGCAGAGGUGCUGCAGUUCUUGGAUCAAGGGGGAGGCCACCCCCCACGGCAGGCGCUGGCUGUGGUGUACUUUGGAAACCAACCAGACCCAAACAUCACGGAGUAUGUGGUGGGCCCUUUGCCCAUCCCAACGACUCACCGCGACGUUACUUUGGAGAAAUAUGGAGAGAAGCUCCCAUACUACCGCAGACCAGUGCUAGCUGUUGAGUACAAGCAGAUUGCAGGGCUCCUAAGGGAGACAGUGUUCCCCAUGGCACCAACAUUUAUGAGUCAGACUUUUAAUUAUGAUCGUACCAAUUUAGCAGUCAUGACCUCAGCCCCGCGGGGGUUCCAGUCUACUGAUCGCAACACGUGGUUUGUCUUGUUCCAGAAUGUGAGCGGCUUCUUCCUGCACCCGGUGGGGCUGGAGGUACUGGUGGACCACAGCAGCCUGGACUUGUCCCAGUGGAGGGUGAGCAAAGUGUUCUAUAAUGGCCAGUACUAUGGGGAUAUGGCCCAGCUGGAAAAUGAGUUCAAGCAAGGCCACGUGACAGUGGACAAAAUUCAACAAGCCCCUCUAGAUGGAGGAUUUUCUUCCAUGAGGCCCAGAGCAGCCCCUGCGGCACCAUUCCCUUUGCAGUAUGAGCCUCAUGGUCCUCGCUACCACAUUGAAAACAAUGAAGUCAUUUACCAGGCUUGGAGCUUUGCUUUUGGGAUGAGCGUGAACACAGGGAUGCGGCUGUUUGACAUCAGGUUUAAGGGGGAGAGGAUUGUCUAUGAAAUCAGUGUCCAGGAAGCCAUGUCCAUCUAUGGCUCCAACUGCCCUGGUGGGAUGACAAUCAGGUACAUGGAUGGGAGUUUUGGCAUAGGGAGAUUCAGUUUCCCAUUAGUCCAGGGUGUCGAUUGUCCUUAUUCAGCCACCUAUCUGGAUGUGCCCUACUUGGUUCAGUCACAGACGCCUAGCAUUAAUAAGAACUCUCUCUGUGUGUUUGAGCUGAACUCCAAGUCUCCUUUGAGGCGCCAUUACUCAAACUUGCAGUCCAUGUACUAUGGGGGCUUGACUAACUCUGCGCUGGUCAUUAGAUCCAUUGCCACUGUGGGCAACUAUGACUAUGUCUGGGACUUCCUCUUCUACCAGAACGGAGCUAUUGAAGCCAAAGUCCAGGCCACAGGGUAUAUGAGUUCUUCCUUUCUCUACGGUGAUGGUCUGGAGUAUGGCCACAGGGUUGGGGAACACACGCUGGGGACACUGCACACCCAUUCCAUGAACUACAAAGUGGACUUGGAUGUUGGAGGUAUGUGUCUUGGUUGA